CCUGAGGAGAGAGAGAGAGAGGAUUUCCCCUGGGACAGCACACGCGCGCGCACACACCCCCCCACACACAAUGCCUGCUUUUUAAAAUUUAUUUAUUUAUUUAUUUUUGCCCUACUGGCAAGUAGAACGUGCAGGGGACACCCUGUGUGCGUGUUUGCUUUUGUUUUUGUGUGUGAGGAAAAGAGCCGCGCAUUUUUGUCCUUCCUGAGGUCGGGACGGGUUGGAGCCGCGCGCAGCGGCGAUGGAACGCGUUCCCACCGGGAAGUGCCUCCUCACGGGGCCGUGCGGGGCGCGCACACCCGGCUUGUUGUAGCGUUCUCUGGAUCGAUCCGCUCAGCUUCUGUUCAGUGAUUUUUUUUUUUACUGUUCAGGAGGAAAGGGAGCCCGGGAUGCCCGUGAGGAACAGGUACAACCUGGUGGACGAUGUGGCGGACUCGCGGCUGCCGCUGCACAACGAGGAGGCUUAUCAGCACGGGAUUUACUUCCAAGCCAAGUAUGUGGGGAGUCUUGACGUGCCCAGGCCCAACAGUCGGAUGGAGAUUGUAGCAGCCAUGAGGAGAAUCAGGUAUGAAUUCAAAGCCAAGAACAUCAAGAAGAAAAAGGUCAGCAUUGUGGUGUCUGUGGACGGAGUCAAGGUGGCACUGAAGAAAAAACAGAAGAGAAAAGAAUGGACAUGGGAUGAGAACAAGAUGUUGAUCAUGCAUGAUCCGAUAUACAGGAUUUUCUAUGUAUCGCAUGACUCCCAGGACUUGAAGAUCUUCAGCUACAUUGCAAGAGACGGCUCCAGUAAUUCAUUCAGAUGCAAUGUCUUCAAAUCUAAAAAGAAGACUCAGGCCAUGCGUAUUGUGCGAACUGUGGGUCAGGCGUUUGAGGUUUGCCAUAAGCUGAGUUUGCAGCACGCCGAGCAGGAGCAGUACGCCGGCGGACAGGCAGACGGCGAUAGCGACAAGUCGACGGAAGAGCCCAGCAGCCACGCUCGUGAGCUCACAGGAAGUGAGCGUAAUGAAGAGGACGAGGAUACAGACGAAAGAGGGCGAGGAGGAGGAGCAGGAGAUCCUUCGACUGACGGUUCGCUGUGCGAGAAGGCAGUUGGUGAGAUCCUGCAGAGCCUGGCCGAACUCAACAUGGUCAAACCAGGCCAGACAAUCAUGGACAUCGACAGACGGUCCGUCUUCACUGUGACGUCUCAAGGCAUCACUCCCAGCAGCCCUUGCUCUUCGUCUCUCACUCCACUGGCUUCUCAGCACUACCUGCAGCUCCUUCAGCAGCAGCUGCAGCAGCAACAGCAGCACACUCAGGUGGCCGUCGCGCAGGUGCAGCUGCUGAAGGACCAGAUGGCAGCAGAGACUGCAGCUCGCAUGGAGGCCCAGGCCCGCAUCCACCAGCUGCUGCUGCAGAACAGGGACCUACUGCAGCACCUGGCGCUGCUCGUGCAGCAGCUGAAAGAGAUGGAGGGCCGCUCCCCGACGAGAGCGCAAGAAGAGCCGUCGCUACAGGACACUCAGGCUAACGGACACAAUGCUCCACAGACGGCACAAAGUUCGCAGUCGUCAUCAGCGAAAUCAUUAUCCCUGAAUCUGAAGAAUCAGUACAAUCAGAACCUGGAGCAGCUCCUCUCCUCCACGGCCGCGUGGCCCCUCUCCCCAAACCAGGUGGACUGCGCCGAGUCCUUCCUGAACCUGCUGAACCUGGAGAACAGCAGUAAACCAGCAGCCUCGUUUGCUGAGCGGGACCCCUUCAUCAGAGCCAGUGGCACAGCGGAUAACGAGGAAAGCUCCAACAGCGAGAUUGUCCAGUUCUCAUCUAGAAACUCUACCAACCUGGAUGAAAAGUAUAAACAGAUAAUACCCAAACUUGACCCUCCUCCACCUUCCACAAACCGCAAGCGAUCCAGCAGGACGUUCUCUCCGGGGUCAGAGGUCCCAGCUGUGCCCACGCCGGCGGCCCCGAGCCGCAGCAGCAGCCUCUCUUUCCCAGACAUCACCCCCAGCUCCCUGUCGUCCACCGAUUUCCAUUCGCUCAGCAACGGCGAGAGCAGCUCCUCCUCGUCUUCGGCCAGCGAGGACUCGGGCGUCCGCUCCGAGACCAAGUCCCUGCUGUCGCCCCUUCGCGACGACGAUGACCUUUUUGCUGACCGCGGGGCAUUUUUGACAGCGUCCAGCAGCUGCGGAAGCCCCCUGGAGCAGCACGGCGGGGCGGUUGCUUCGUCCUCUGAUUCAUCGACCACGGAGUCGAACACUAUGGCCUCGCGUUCUGACGGCUGUGAUCAGCCGCUGUGCUUUUCAUCUCCUAUGAACGACACCUGCCUUCAUAUCAGUUUUUCGGAGGAUGAGCUUCUGGAGAGCAGCCAGGAGGACACCAAUACGGCCCAGCGGAGUUAGGAUGACUUAAAUGUUAUUCAGUCGACAUAAAAAAAAGAAAUCCAGGAUUUGCUUUCAGACCCGACUAUGUUUGCACAGGGCGUCAAUUUCAGGAUCUUAAGUCGUUCCACUCACCUGUGACACAGUGCACGUGUUGCUAAAACGCUUGCUAUUGUAUCAGUAAUUAGCCAAUGAAUAGAUUUAGUAUUUUUGUAAUGAAAUUUCUGAUCUAAUUUACUUUUUAGGGCCUAGAAUGUUAAGCAGAGUACAUGUAGCAAUGUAUUGCACUGUCGAAGUCGUACUGAAUUCACUGUAGAAUUCAACACUAACAAAGGAAACACAUUUUAUUUUUGCUAGCCGUCGACGUGGAGCCGUUAUUUUGUACGAUGUUUCACCUAGGUGCAAAGAAGUGGAAAAGGACGAUCAUUUGUAAAAUUCACAGUUAAGACAAGAGCGGGGGACGGAGGUGAUGUUGGGAAAAAGUUUCAUCUCCUCAACUGCACCUGAUAGGAUGACGGACAGGAAGAAAGAAACAAGGAAGUCAGUGAUUGGACAGAGGAGAGAUAAAAGUCAGUCAGUUUAGUAGUUAUGGUUGUUCUUGGGGCUAUGGUUAGGCUCACAUUCGCAGUUUCUUUUUUUGUCAAUAGCAAGUGGAAUUUGGUUAUGUCGAGUCUAGAGAUACGCUGGUAUGAAACAUUCAUGCAUGAGUAAAAUACCACAGUAUCAUGAUAUUGAAACUUGAUCUAAAUGGUUUUUAUAUAAAACUAAAAGCAAAUACUAGGAGUGUAGCAAUACAUACAAGUCUUAAAAGGAGACAACAUGCGAUAUCAAAACUACGAAAAGCAAAUUUCCAUUUUUAUGUUGUCGCAAGCAGCCGUGAUUUCAUAAACAAUCAAAAAUCAUGAAAAUGGUUGUUAAAUUGUGAAUUUAAAAUAAUAAAUCUGAAACAUGCCUUUUAUUUUGCCAACAACAGCAGCUAACUUAGUUGGCUGCUGUCUUUUCAGUGUUUAUAAAUCCUUUAUUGUGUUAUCUGUCAGUCUGCCGUUUCUUUUUUUUUUUUUACAAGGUACCUGAAAUGCUGCCAGAUAUGUGAUGUAAAAGUGGUGGAGACGUCUCUGUUGUCCGACGGACGAUGUCAGGGCAACAACUCAAGAACGACUUCCUUUUAUACCUUAAAACAAGAAUUCAAAGAGAUUAAAGCUCUCACCUUCAAACCUGGACCUCAUUGAGAUAACGGUUUCAUUUUUUAAAAUAUAAAUCCAGCAUGUUGAUUAUUACAUAUCUGCCAUUUUUUAUGCUUUUUAAAUCACUAGGAGCUGAUUAAAUCUGCAUCUUGCAGAUGCUGGCGCAGAUAAGAUGGAUAGAACAAAAACCCAGCCAAAUUUAUUUGUUUUGAAUUUCUUACAGCACAGCACUAGCAAUGUACCAAUAUGAAAAUGAAUGUCCGUAAUGUUGCCAUUACGGCCAAUAACCAAUAUUUCUGAAAAAAAACAAACAAUUUCCCUUGUAGUAGACCUACAUAAUGCAACGACACUUUAUUAUACUUCAGGUGUAACAUUUCGUGGAUUUUAUACUCGGAAGUGUAAAAAAUAAUAUCGCGGUAAAAUUGGGUUGACUAUUUUUCUUAGUGUGGGUUAAAGUAAAAAAAGUUUAAAAACUUCUGCAGCUCAGCAAUAAACGGCUGAGAAGUUUAUGCGUUCACUUUGCUGCUUUGCUAUUCUUAACGACUUCACUGAAAGUACUCUGUUGUGAACUUUGAUUAGUAGACGGAGAAACGCAAUAAAAGGGGAGAUGCGAGGCGAAGCAGCUGCGGAGGGAUGGAGGCGAUGGGUGCGGAAGUAAAAUGUCCUGAAGGGAAACGUUUUACACCAAAAGAUGAGGCUUUUCCCCAACAUCACGUUCAGCAGGGAGUUUUACAAAACUAACAUGGCUGAAAAUAAAACACAAUAAAGAGGUGUAGCUGAAAACUA